GGUGGUGGUAGUGGUGGUAGUGGUGGUGGUGGUGGUAGUGGUGGUUAUGGUGGUGGUGGUGGUAGCACUUACGGAUUGGGUGGCACGAGCAGUAGCUAUGCCAUAGGCGGUGGUGUCGGUGGUGGUGGUGGUGGUUUUGGUGUCGGCGGUGGUGGUGGUUUUGGUGGUGUCGGUGGUGGUUUUGGUGGUGGUGGUGGUGGUUUUGGUGGUGGUGGUUUUGGUGGCGGUGGCAUUGGCGGUGGCACUUACAGCCUCACCUCGGGCACUUCUUGUAACCCAAGCCUCGCGGGCUACAGUGGCGCAUCCAGCAGUGGAUUUGGAAGUGUCUCCGGUAGCUACAUUGGUGGUGGUGGUGGUGGCUGCCUAAGUGGUGUCGGUGGUGGUGGUGCUGCUGCUGCUGGGCAUUCUGUCGCUCCGUACGGGAGUAACUUCAGCGCCUCCCCCACUGCUGCUGGUGCUGCUGGUGGUGGUGGUGGUGCUGCUGGUGGUGGUGGUGCUGCUGCUGGUGGUGGUGCUGCUGGUGGUGGUGCUGGUGGUGCUGGUGCUGCGAUCAUCCUUGGACCCGCCAAUGCCAUCGCGGCCAAUUCCGUGGCGUCUUCUGCCGCCGGCGGCGGUGGUGGUGGUGCCUCGAACUCUCUCAACAACAACAACACCACAGCAGCAACAACAACAACCACCGCCGCCGCCGCCACCUCUACACCCAUCAACACCACGGCGAGCAGCAGCAGCAGCAACAACAGCAGCCGACAGCCCAAGAAGUACCGAAUCCUGGGACUCUUCGAUGCCAUCCACGACGCCGUGGGCCCGCCAAGGGCCACGGUGGACAGGCGCACGGUGGAGAAGUCGUGGAAGCUCAUGGACAAGGUGGUGAAGGCCUGCCAAGCGCCGCGCUUGCAGCUCAAGAAUAGCCCGCCAUACAUCCUGGACAUCCUGCCCGACACCUACCAACACCUGAGGCUCGUGCUGUCCAGGUACGAGGAGCGCAUGCAGGCGCUGGCCGAGAACGAGUACUUCCGCGUGUGCGUGGAGAAUCUGGUGAGGAAGAGCAAGCAGGCGCUGCGGCUCUUCAAGGAGGCCAGGGAGCGCAUGUUCGAGGAGCACUCGCAGCCCAGGCGGAACCUCACGAAGCUAUCGCUCAUCUUCAGCCACAUGCUGGCGGAGCUCAAGGCGCUCUUCCCCGGGGGGAUCUUCCAGGGCAACGAUUUCCGCAUCACGAAGGCGGACGCCUCCGACUUCUGGAGGAAGGCCUUCGGGGAGAGGGCGAUCGUGCCGUGGAAGGUUUUCCGCCAGUGCAUCAGCGAGGUCCACACCAUCAGCUCGGGCCUGGAGGCGAUGGCGCUCAAGUCGACGAUCGACCUCACCUGCAACGACUGCAUCUCCGUCUUCGAAUUCGACAUCUUCACACGCCUCUUCCAGCCAUGGUCGUCGCUGCUGCGAAACUGGAACGUGCUAGCGGUGACGCACCCCGGCUACAUGGCCUUCCUCACCUACGACGAGGUGAAGGCCCGCCUCCUCAAGUACGCCAACAAGCCCGGCAGUUACAUCUUCCGGCUGAGCUGCACGAGGCUGGGCCAGUGGGCGAUCGGCUACGUGACGGUGGACGGCAACAUCCUGCAGACGAUCCCCCACAACAAACCCCUCUUCCAGGCCCUGCUGGACGGCUACCGCGAGGGAUUUUACCUCUUUCCGGACGGACGGAAUCUCAAUCCGGAUCUGACUGGCUUGUGUGAGCCUGCACAGCACGAUCACAUAAAGGUCACGCAGGAGCAGUACGAGCUGUACUGCGAGAUGGGAUCCACGUUCCAGCUGUGCAAGAUCUGCGCGGAGAACGACAAGGACGUCAAGAUUGAGCCGUGCGGUCACCUCAUGUGCACGUGCUGCCUCACAGCCUGGCAGGAGUCGGACGGGCAGGGCUGCCCGUUCUGCCGCUGCGAGAUCAAGGGCACGGAGCCCAUCGUUGUCGACCCCUUCGACCCGAGGGGCGAGAGGUCGCGACCUUUGGCCGCCGCCAUCGCCUCCUCGGCCCUCGCCUCCGGGGGUCACGGGGGCCAGGGGUCGCAGGGAGGCCACGGCGGCCUGCGGGUGUGCGGCCUCGACUCGGCGUCGAACCUGGGCUUCGAAGGCGACGAGGACGACGACCUGAUGAUGAUGGCGUCGGCGCGCGAUGACACCUCGUCGCUCGUCAUCAGCCGCAUGGCUGCUCGCUCGCGGGUGGAGCGGCCGUCCCCGCAGCCCUCGCCGCUCACCUCUCCCAUCAUGCACCGCCGGCGGCCGCCCCCCGAGCCGCUCGUGUCGGAGUUGCCCCCCGUGCCCCCCCGCCUCGACCUCCUCCUCGCCCGCACCGCCGGGGGCGGGGGGGGCUCCCCCGCCGUCUCCCCGGCACUCUCACCCAAGGGCUCCCCGAACGCCGCACGCAAACCCGACGCCUUCCCUCCGGCCGUGACCCCCCGUGCCCCCCGCCACCACCAGCCGCCCCCCAUCGGGGGGGGCGGCUGCUCCUCUCCCUCGUCGGCGGCAGCGGCGACGGCAACGACCGCCACCCCCCAUCAUCACCACCACCACCACCACCACGGCCCACCGCCCCCGAUGUCCUCCUCCUGCUCCUUCCCCGCCUCCCUCUGCCCGACGUCGUCCGCCGCGUCCUCCUCGUCGUCCUCCUCCUCGUCGUCUUCGUCGCACCAGCGGCGCUCCUACCACUUCGAAGUCGCGCCCGGCUCCUUCCCGACCGCCCAGAUGUUCCACCACGAGUUCCACGAGCUGCCUCCCGUCCAUCCGCCGCCGCCGCCGCCGCCCCCAUCCCGGCCCGUCCCUCCGACCCCGCCGGCGAGCGUGGCGGGGUCGGAGCCGGCCGUCGCGGACUCGGCCGGAAGGGCCUCGCCCUGCGGUCGCGUGGGCGGCACCACCGCGGCGGCUGCGGGCACCGCGGCUGGCACCGCGGCGGGCGUGCAGCAUCAGCAGCAGCCGGCUCAGGGGAAGCUGUGCCCUCAAAGCUUCAAUGACUACGAGCUGCCCACGGCUCCCCCAGCACAGCCCACGGUGUUGAUCGUGUGCCCAGAUGAGAGGGAGAUGCCGGAAGGAGCAGAGGUGGUGGAGCCGCCAUCGGUGCCAACCGCCUCCUCCUCCGCCACUGCUGCGUGGGGCGCCUCCUGCCCCAGGGCCGAUUUUGCGAACCAGACCUACAGCUCAGUCUGCAAACGGGCAGGAGGUGGCGCUGCAGACGCAACGGAACAGCCACAGGCUCACACGCAAGAGGAGAGCCCUUACGACCUCCUCCCGUCGCCCGUCCCCGCCGUGUUGAGCCACCGGGACCUUCCCGAGGGGACCUGGACCCCCCCCGUGGGGCCCGGCUCGGCCGACACUGACCCCCCCGCCAGCCUCCCAGAUGCCCACCAGGCCCCAGCCAGGCCUCCGAAGCCUCUACCUCGCCUGGCGAUUGACUCGAACCUCACUCCGGGCCUCGAGGCCUCUUCGGCCUCUAGCCGGGACUCAGGCCUACCUAAUUGGGACUCGGGCCUAACUAGCCGGGACUCGUGCCUACCCGUCCGAGAAGCAGCCGUCACAAGUCGGGAAGCAAGCCUUACGGGAUCCAGCCGAGAACCAAGCUUGGCUAGUCGAGAAAUGGGCCUACCGAACCGGGACCCGGGCCCGGCUAUCCGGGAGGCAGGCCUCGCCGGAACUGGCCGAGACGCGAGCUCGGCCAAUCGACACGCGCCCUCGGCCAGUCGAGACGCUGGCCUGGCGGGUUGGGAGCCGCUUCCGCUGGGCCGGGACCAGCAGGCGAAGAUGGACGGAGAGAUUGCGAAGCUGAUGGGAGAGGGCUACUCCUUCGAGGACGUCCGGCGGGCUCUGGGCAUCGCCCACAACGACGUGGUGAUGGCGAAGAGCAUCCUGCGAGAGUUCGUGCCGCGGUCUUGACCCGCGAGUGGCCCCGGCGCGUUUGGCUUCGGCGGUUUCAGGCCCUAGCGGUUGCCGCCCCCCCGCCCCGCCCCGCCCCGCCCCCCCCCCACCCCGCUCGCCGACCCCCCCCACUGGUUAACACCGCGGGUGCACUCACCACAAACUCGACCGUGGCGUCCGCUCCGCAGCGAAGACGUUUACUGAAAGAGAUCCCGCGACGUCGUGGUUCAAUCCACUGCUCGCAAGAUUACAUGGUUGGUCGGCAACAACAACAACAAAAGCACCACAAAGCGACGUCGCCACAGGGUGGGGGGGGCGGGGGCAGACUUGCGCAACAUGCGCCACCUUGUGCCGCCCCGGGGGGGGGGGGGGGUGGACGGUAAUGGGUUAGGGGUACCCCUUGAGCUAAGACUGCCGAAGAAGGGGAGGGGGGCGUCUCUGGACGUACACCGCUUCUCCUUGGGAGGCGCGGCAUCGAUGUUGAGUUGGCGACAAUUCCUACGCCCGUUCAGAGCGGGGGGGGGGGGGGGGGCGGUGGAGUUGGCGGCGAUCGUGACGGGAGCCUUGAGCGCGACGAGCGCUCGGUGCGGAUCGUUCCUCGUCCUUCCCCUCCACUCUCCGGCGUAGGCGGCUCUUGGUGGUGCGGAAAUCGAGCUUGGAGGGGGAAGGAGAGAGGAGGAGGAAACGCAAACACCGUGCUUGGAAGAACGGUGUCACCGAAGAAGCUCCCCCACCCCACCGCCGGCACGGUGGUUGGCGGCGAAACGUCGGACAUGGUGGCGGCGCGCGGAAAGAUGCGCGGAGUCGGGGAGAGCUUGUCCGGGAGAAGAAGGAAAGUGAUUUUGCGUUGUUGUUUUUGUUUGUUGUUGUUGUUGUACGUCACAGUGCCCUGCCCGCGCGACGCUUUGGGCAUUUCGAAACUCCCAGCGCCCCCGCCCCCCCUAAACCCCCACCACCCCCACUCCGCUAGGUUGGCAGUGCCGCCGCCAUUGUCGUUGGGCGCGGCGAGUGAUGAUGAGCGUGGGUGAGCGUGGAUGAGCGUGGGCGAGCGAGCGCGUGUGUACAUUUUGCCGGCGUGCGUGUGAAUGCAAAGACACGCCGGCGAUUGGGAGGGUGACCCUAGGGAGAUAAUCAUAUUUUUCACAUUUAUUGAUUACUCCAGAGUAAAUUAACGCCAAUGUAAUCCUGUGUUUUUGCCGUUUAAAAAAAGAAAAAGUAACAAUCUGAUUAUCGUAUUAUAUUGUGUUCUGGGCGGGGGGGGGUGGGGAUGCUGACAUAGUGGUUGUGGUGGUGAUGGUGGUGUUGUUGUUCGUGGCCAGCGCGCUCGGAAUCGCGACCCAGAAUCCUGCCGGUUUGACUCCAUCUCUCCCCGGCACCUCCGCCCUUCGUUUCCCCCUACGACUGUGGGGCUUUCUAAUCGUAAUCUGUGUUCAUGAGCUGCUGCUAACUGCCCCCCAUCACCCAUCACCCCCACCACCCACCCCCCCCCCCCCCCCCCAUUUUUCCCGAGCGGCUGACGUAAUAAUUCCCCAUCCUUUUUUUUAAUAGUGUUUUUUUUUAAUCGUAACUUUUCUCUGAAUUUUUAAGCAAAUCGCACAAAGUAAUCGGCUGGCGCCCACCAGGCAUUUGGGCGAUAGGGACCACUCGCCAAACGCCGAGUAAUCGAAUCCGCCUCCGCCUAUCCGAUUAGAGCCAUCGCGUCGGGGGGAUGCCGAUGCCUCACGUGUCGAUGUCCUCGGUGCGGGCCGCGUUUUAUCGACUCGCAGAACACUUCGGCAACCGCUCUGUCUGCGCUAUCGUGUGGUGGGAGCAGUGGCGUAGUAGCGGUUCGCGCGCUGCCUUGCGCUCCGAACCCGGCGAUGCGGGUUCGGUUCCCGCUCACGGCCAACACCGGUGACCAGUGUCUGGACCAGUGACCUGGUGGGCCCCUUCCCCUAGGUCGAGUCGGCCUCAAAUAAUAAUAAUAAUAAUGCAAUUUAUAACGCGCGCAAAUUUGCGGAAGCGUGGUCGUGGAGGCGAGUUUUUACGUGUCUCUUUGAAGGAGACGAUUUGAGGCGACGCUGCGAAUGUGCAGAGGGAUUGCGUUCCAGACUGUUGGGGCUGCCACUGAGAAGCAGCGCAUAGAGUACUCGGGUGGGGGGGUGGGGGGGGGUGACGACGUGUAAAAACAUCGCCACCAGGGAGAGAAAGGCGGCCGGGCGUGGUGCUGGCCACCCACCCACACCCUUCGUGUGCCACAGCGCCGGCCUUCGUAGGUGCUCGCUACUAGCUACUAACAGCAUUGUCCCCCAGCAGUCCGGUUAAAGGCUAUCCUCGGGGGGGGUUUGCGGAUCUUUUGUCUUUGCUGUGCGUGUAAUACAAAGCGGCCUGUACGCAAAACGUCCAAACCCGUUGACUGAUUCGUACUGCGUUGUUUUACAGUUUUUGUGUGGUCGUGACAUACCACUCCCCCCUCCCUCCUUCCUCCUACGACGAGGACGCUCACGCGCGUUCGAAUGAUCGGAGCUCCCGCGGCAACGUGGACCGAAACGUCGGACCUUUAGCCGCCGAGCAAUGCUUCGGCAACGCAAGCCCUCCCCCCCCCACCUCCUCCGGCGGAGAGGCUGCGUUUACCGAGUCGCCGGACUCAUGACGACGGCGGCCAACAGCGGACGUCGCGAAGGUCGCAACGUAACGGGGAAAGGCACCGCCCCCCCCCUCCUCCAUACUGCCCCCCCCUCCCGGUUGGUGCGACGUAUAUAUCUUAUUUUAUAUUUACACAUAUAUACAAAGCGCAUUCACUCAAGGCCGCUUGGCUCAGUAACAACAACAACAACAAAAGGACGACGACACGGAGUAAUAGAACGAUUUUCAAUGGCGGCGGCGGGGUGGGGGGGUGGUCGGCGCUACGGAGGGGUAGCAAAAGGGGGGCUGUUGGGGAGGAGGAGAGGGGAGGAGAGGGGCGAGGGAGGAGGAAGAGAAUGGGCGGUGGGGAAGAGGGGAGCUCGCGAAUGCGCGUUGAACUUCCUCUUCGGCGAGCCGACCGGCUUUCGAGAUAUUGGAACGCCGUGCCCCCCCCCUGACGUUGUUGCGAUCGGAGUCGCUAGAUAGAUUGAAGUCUGCUUUGAAGGCCCAUCUCGUCGAGGCGGCCUGCCCUCUAUAGUUUGUUUUUUGUUUCCUGCUUUUCAUGCAUUGGCGCAUUGGGGGGGUCCUCGGACGGAAUGCCGCAUCAUACGUUUGCAUCAUUAUUAUUAUUAUUUGCCAAACCGCGGGACCACCCAACUCUCGCUCGCUAUCCGUCACGGCCUCAACUCGAAUGCCUCAUCACUGUCGGGGGGGGUGGGGGUCUUGGGUCUUCGCAUCCACCUGCCGUUUUCCCAACACGCAACACACUCUUGUAGCAGUAAGAGGCCGAUGAGGCUACGAAGUUCUUUCACUUUUUUCUUUCUCUCCUCCCUCCAACGCAACACGUCCACCGUCGAAUUUAACGACAGCUCGCUCGCGGCCUUCCAAAGGAGAAAGCGAAAUCGGCGACGUGUCGGGCAAGAGGCCCUAUUUCCGUAGCGCGUGACUGCUUAAAAAUCAUACUGUCCAGUGAGCGUGCGACUGAGCAGACCCACUGUGGCUGUCGCCUGAUGAUGCUGGUGGUGGUUGUUGUUGUUGUUUGUAAUUACCGGCGAAACGUCGCUGUACACGGAUUGUAAAUGUGCGUGUCGUGGGUUUUACUCGCCCAACACGCAACCAGUUGGUGGUGAAGUAGUAAACUAAUCGGCACGUUUUGUUUACGUGACAAACCCCUUACUGAUUGGCUGUGUCGAGUGGUGGUGGUGAUGGGUUUAACGAGACAUUCAUACUUACGCGAUCUAACCAUGGCCAUAACAGACUGCACACAACAUGUAACGACGCAAUGCCCCCAAUCCACAAAUGCUUAUCUGUGGCCUGACCCACCUGAAUGUGAAAUUGCUCAUUGUCGCUCCGCCAUCUCCGUCAGCCGUACGACAAGAAGACGAUAGCACAAACUGCUGCUUGUGUGUGUGUUGUCCUUCCCCCUUCCCGCCCGCACCUCCGAUUAACGCGGUUGGCUACGUACUGUGCGAAAGAAGUUCAACGUACACACAGUACAGGAUAGGGCGCGGGGGGGGGUACUGCUUUAAGCGUUGAGGACAGACCUCACCCGUACCUUCAGGAGAGCGAGAGCGAAUGUUACACGCGGUGUGAGGACCGCGGUAACGUGGCCGCCCGCCCGGCCGCACGUGUGAAACGGCCGGAUUUGUGAGCGUCCAGAGAACAUGGACCGUCAAUUACCCCCCACCCACCCUCCCAACAAUCACGCACAAUCACUAAUGCCUUGGGUAGGGGUUGGAGAGGGCGGUUAACUGGUCGGGAUGGAUAUGUAACGUUGCACUACACUGCACUUCCUUAGACUGCUCCACCCAGGCUGCCCAACACAAGUCUGUAACUUCGUGCGAGUCUGUGGUGCCCUGUGGCGAGUCUUUGUGUCUCCGUGGGCCUGUGGGUCUCUGUGCGAGCUUGUAACUCCGUGCGAGUCGUUGUGACCUCUGUGAGUCUAUGCGUCUCUAUGCGAGUCUCUAUACAAGUCUGUGGGUCUCCAUGCGAGUCAAUGAUUCUAUGUGCGAAUCUGUGGGUCUCUAUGCGAGUCACUGGUGACUGGGCGGAGACCAUCAACUCUCAUGGGCAGCGGCUUGAAACCUCGAUUGGAACUAAGGCUCCCAGCGUUGCUGGCUCCGCGUCUUUGACCAUCUGUGCACCUUCCUGGCCUCUUCUCCAGACUUGGAAACUUUUUGACAGUCCACAACAUCACCGCCUAGCUGGUUAGGUACAAGGUUCAUCUUCCCUGUGGUUAUUAUUUGGAGGGGGGUUUGGGAGUGGGGGACCAAUAUCGCACGCGGUUGCUUAUAACCAACAGAGUUAUCCGUGGGGGAUCGAACUGAGCAGAUGACACCGAGGGAUAAUAGGAUGAAUCUGCAUCUCGACUCCUCUUAUCUGCAGAAAUCCACGAGUAAAUGGAAGUAAUGAUGUGGCAUCCGUUGAUGGUGGCUUACUCUGCAGAUAAUGGGAUGAAUCUGCAUCUGGACUCCUCUUAUCUGCAGAAAUUCGCAGGUAACACCGUGGAUAAUAGGAUUAUUAUGCAUAUCGACUCCUCUUAUCUGCAGAAAUUCACGUGUGAAUAGGAGUAAUGAUGUAACAUCAAUUACUCAUUGGCUAACUCCGCAGGUAAUAGGAUAAAUUGCCUGCAUGGCGACUGUUAUCUGCGGAAAGCCGGCAAGUAUUUGGAAGCCGCUUUGCAUUCCGUUAUGGGUUAAAAUAAAAUGCAGAAUGGACUAAAUACGAUGGCGGGAUAAUGUGUUUUUUAAGGAGGCAAUUGGAGCCAUGGGUAAGAGGAGUUGGCUAUCUACUGGACAUAUGCUCAACACAUUUGUUAAACCGUGGUGUACGAUUCGAUUUCCCGCUAGUGGCCAAGCCCUGCGGAGAUUACCUGGAUCAUUCAAGG